GUGUUCUAUGGAUUUCCAAAGCAAGUGGAUGCUUUUGUGCGGUUUGUUAUAAGGUUGGACGGGCAUUCGUUUGUUGCGGUCACAGGGGAGAGAGAGAGAGAAAAGUAACAAUAAAAAAAACAAACGCAGAAAAGAAGAAUAACCAAGCAAAUGACCGGUUUAUCAUGUCCGAAACAAUAAUUAAAUUAUAGAACAAAAAAAAAAAAAAAUACUCAAAAAUAAAAAAUAUUCUUCCUCUUCGGUGAAAAUGACUAAAACCAAAAGAAAAUUCGGAAUAAUAUUUGCAAUAAUAUUUCUGUGGCAAAUCCAGUGUGCAUUGGCCGAUUGCGGUGAAUGGCAGUGGGAUUGUGAUGAUGGCAGCUGUAUAUCGGUGGAGAAACGAUGUGAUGGUCCAGUAGACUGCAGUGAUGGUUCCGAUGAAAUUGCCGAGAAUUGUAUACACUUUGCUCCUGAUUGUCCUUCGUAUAGUUUCACGUGCAGCUAUGGAGCAUGCGUUGCCGGCGUAGUGCGUUGCGACAAUACGACAGAGUGUGCCGAUCGAUCCGAUGAGUUUGCAUGCAAAAAUGAAGAUCCCCAACAUCAUCGCGGUACUUGUGGUCCCGAUCAAAUGCAAUGCCUGACUUCCAAAGAGUGCAUUAGUCGUGACGAUAUGUGUGAUGGCAUCAAAAACUGCAAGGAUGGCUCGGAUGAAAUUAUAGAAGUGUGUGCCGGCUACGAUUGUCAUAUUGGUUUUAAAUGUGGCUAUGGUGGUUGUGUUGCGGGCAAUGCAAAAUGCAAUAACGUCACGGAUUGCGUUGAUGGAUCCGACGAGGCCUGGGAACUGUGUAACACGCCAAGAAAACGCUCGUCUUUAACUUCCGGCAGUAGUACUUCCGCGCCAUCGUCGAAAGACAGUUCACAGUGUAGGAUACCAAUGGAGCUUAACGGUGUCACUGUGAGGAGACACAUUACUGGAAAUAAAACCAUUGGUCCGGGUGAUGUGGUGGAUGAAUUUGAAAUCGUUCACUUGGAAUGCACAACAAAUAACAGAAUGCAGUCUUUGGGCAGCCUGCUGUGUUUGGAUGGACAGUUUGUUGAUGAAUUUCCCAAGUGCAGAGUGGUUUGUGAUCCCCAACUUGUGACUGGACUCUCAACAAUUUACAAUGUGUUCACGCCGAGUGGCCACUUCGUGGAGCCGUCGCUUCUUAGGUAUGGUAUACCUGUCGGUAGCAUAGUUGAAAUCAAUUGUGCUUCCGGUUUCAAGCGAGACACCAGAUGGCAGACCGAAAUACUCUCAAAUCGACAAAACUUGACAUGUCUACCCAAUGGCACGUUUGACAAGGUACGCGAACCGUGUGUACAGGACUGCGGUCAUCCCCUGGUCAAUCUGUUUCCCCUGACCAAAGGUGGCAUUCAAACUGAUCCCAAUAAGGUUCCAUGGCAUGUCUCAAUAUAUCAGUACGUGAAUAAACAAUGGACCUUUAUUUGUGGUGGCUCAAUAAUCACACCACGAAUCGUUCUCUCGGCUGCGCACUGUUUUUGGGAUAAUAGAUCGAGGCGAUUGAUAAGCCAUACACAAUAUAAAUUUGUUGCUGGUAAAUAUCGAAGAGAGUUUAGUGCUCCCCAAUUGGGGGAAAUUCAAAUCAAAGAUGCUCAGCAGAUAACAGUAUCCGAAAAAUUUGAGGGCCUUCGCACUAGAAAUUUCGCCGAUAUUGCCGUUAUCAAAUUGGAGUCACCAUUCAUUUAUGGCGAGAAUGUAUCGUCUAUAUGCAUUAAACCAGCCAGUGGAACUAUCAGUGAUGUUGUCCCUUCGAAUAUUAGCGGCGUUGUAACCGGUUAUAAUGAGAUACAUAACAAUUUGGAACAAGUUACCAUGCGAUCGGAGGGAUAUCAUGAGUGUAUAGUACAUGAUUUGAUUGGUCAAACCCUAUCGGAGGAUAAGUUUUGUCUAUACAAUGGUCACAACGAUGGUAUUUGUCGUGGCGACAGCGGCGGUGGUUUUGUUCAGCAAGUGAGGAUACCAUUUCCGAAGGAAGAAGAUAUAUUCUUUUUAUUGGGCAUUAUCAGCUUUACGCCGGGCACGGAAAAUGAAUGCGCCCGCGAAGGUUAUGUGGCUGUGACAAAUGUGAAAUAUAUGCGACCCGAUUUAUACGCUACCUUCAAGAAGGAAACAGACGAGGAUCGAAGACUUUUUUAGAAUAGCAAUUUAAGUUUAGUUUAUAAAGUACAAAGGUGCAAUAACUGUUUUUUGAUUAUAAAUAAGGCUUGCCAUUAAUCAAACUGCUGAUGGAGAGAUCAUAUAAAUAAAAAAUAAAUAAAUAAGAA